AUGCUUGUUAAAAUCCUUGUUUCCCCCACAAGGCCAAAGCCAUCUCUACUGGAUGGCGCAAAGGUGACGUACGGUGGGCGAUUUUCAGAGGAGAAGGUGGAGGAAGUGAAAGUGUUGGUUAAAAUACUUCCUGUUUUCCUGGCACUCAUUCCGUACUGGACUGUCUAUUUCCAGAUGCAGACCACAUAUUAUCUCCAGAGUCUCCAUCUGAAAAUUCCUGGAGCCGAUCCCAACUCCACAGACUCCCAUCCGAAUGCCUUCCGCUUCCCGGCAGCUUGGCUGACCAUGUUUGAUGCCGUGCUGAUCCUCAUGUUGAUCCCCCUCAAGGAUAAAGUGGUGGACCCCAUCCUCAAACGCAAAGGCCUGCUGCCCUCCCCUCUAAAGAGAAUCGCUGUGGGCAUGUUCUUUGUCAUGUGCUCGGCGGUGGCAGCUGGUAUUUUAGAGACGAAGAGGCUGGACAUUGUCCACACACAAGGUCCCAUCCCGCAGUCACUCAGUGGAGUUACAUACUAUGCAGCCGAUCUACCCAUAUGGUGGCAAGUGCCUCAGUACGUCCUCAUCGGUGUCAGCGAAAUCUUUGCUAGUAUUGCAGGUAUGGAGUUUGCCUACUCCGCAGCUCCUCGCUCCAUGCAGAGUGCUAUAAUGGGCCUGUUCUUCUUCUUCUCCGGCAUCGGCUCCUUUGUGGGAUCGGGACUACUUGCUAUCGUCUCUCUCAAAACCAUUGGCUGGAUGUCCUCGCAUAAAGACUUCGGUAACAUCAACGAGUGCACACUGAAUUACUACUUCUUCCUCCUGGCCGCCAUUCAGGGAGUCACACUCCUCGUCUUCCUCAUUGUGUCUGUGAAGUAUGACAAGCAGAAGCCCAAAGCAGCGAGCCACAGGGCGACUCUGACCAACUCAUGACCCCUCAUCAUCCUCACCAGCCUUACACAGCCGUACGUUCACCUUCAUUCCUCAGCCACCAAAUCAUUUGCCAAAUAUUAAACGUCGUAGUAUUUCAAAAACGAGGUUUUAAAAUAUUUGAUUCGAAACUUGAAACCCCGUUUACUGGAAUUGGCUAUUCUCUUGCCAUUUUAAACACACAAGACAAUUUAAAAAAAGAAAAGAAAGCAAUAAUUAGCUAAAGAACAAAUUUCAUAUGAAAUGGUUGGAAAUGAGGUUUGUCCACUCCAUCAGUGAACUGGAUUAUAUAAUGCUUGUUUAUUGUAGUGUAUACUUUGGGCAACACUUGUUCCAAAUUUGAUAUUUUUGUUGUUUUGACUAUGUCAAGAUUUAUAAAUUUACUUGCUCAUAAAUUGAAGGUUUUUAAAUUGAAUAUUUAUUGAACCUUUUAUUUUUGUAGUUUAUGCUCAACAGGGUAAGACAAUACUGUUCUGAUUUAUUUAAAUUUGUGCCUCUGGGCAUGUUUUUAUGGUACACUUUUUUUUUUUUUUUU